CGAUACGCUUGAGUACGGUCUUCAAUAUGUUCCGCAGUGCCCGUGUGCAGUGCUAAAAGGACGCGGACAGGAAGAUGCGUCGCUGGUUGUUUGCCCCGAUGUAUCGAAGAUACAGUGUGGGAGAGAACGUAGAGAGUUUGCUGACAGAUGCAGUUGCUGUUGUAUAUUUGGAGUGUGGGAGGUUGCAGGUUAUGUAACUGUGGGAGUGCAGCGCUGCCUCAGGUGCUGCUUCGUGUGACGCGCGCGGGGUUGGGGUGGAGGUGGAGGCGGUCGGCACGUGGUGCGAGCGCGUGCCUCCCUCUUCCCCGCUUUGCUAGCCGGCCGCGCGCCGUCCUUCAGCUCGCGCCGCGCCCACAGCCUUUGGGUUUUCUGUCGGAGAGACAUCGGUCCUUCCGGAGUGAAGCUGCCCAUUCCCUUUGAAGAAUCGGGGGUAUAAAAGGUUCAGCUCUCUUUUAAUCUGUCAAGGCGCUGACCCAACGUGACUGUCGUUAAACUCGGCUGUUUUCAGCUCUCUGCAGUGGAUGACCCAGAGAAAGGGCAGCCCUGUAAUGCAUGUGGAGACCGGUGUCCUGGGUUAGCAUUACAUAAUUGGAGAAAGAUCUGUCUUCACUGCAAGUGCCCACGUGAGGAACACAUCGUGACAGUGAUGCCUUUAGAAAUGGAGAAGACAGUGAAUAAACUUAUGUAUGAUUUUCAGAGGAACUCCACAUCUGAUGAUGAUUCUGGCUGUGCUUUGGAGGAAUAUGCUUGGGUUCCUCCUGGUUUGAAGCCUGAACAGGUUCACCAAUACUACAACUGUCUCCCAGAAGAUAAGGUUCCAUAUGUUAACAGCCCUGGAGAAAAAUAUAGAAUCAAACAGCUGCUACAUCAACUACCACCACAUGACAAUGAGGUGCGUUACUGCAAUUCACUUGAUGAAGAAGAAAAGAAAGAACUGCGUCUUUUCAGUACUCAAAGAAAAAGAGAAAGUUUGGGAAGAGGCACUAUUAGACCUUUUCCUAUAACCAUGACUGGUGCAAUUUGUGAGCAGUGUGGAGGACAAAUCAAUGGUGGAGACAUCGCUGUAUUUGCUUCACGAGCAGGCCAUGGAGUUUGCUGGCAUCCUCGAUGCUUUGUCUGCGCCACAUGCAAUGAACUAUUGGUGGAUCUGAUUUAUUUUUACCAAAAUGGGAAGAUAUACUGUGGGAGACACCACGCUGAAUGUUUGAAACCUAGAUGUGCAGCAUGCGAUGAAAUCAUCUUUGCAGAUGAGUGCACAGAAGCUGAAAGUAGGCACUGGCAUAUGAAGCAUUUCUGCUGCUUUGAAUGUGAAACUGUUCUAGGAGGCCAAAGAUACAUUAUGAAAGAAGGUCGACCCUAUUGUUGUAACUGCUUUGAGUCUCUUUAUGCUGAAUAUUGUGAUACAUGUGGUGAACAUAUAGGUAUUGACCAAGGGCAGAUGACAUACGAUGGUCAACACUGGCAUGCCACAGAGUUGUGUUUCUGCUGUGCACGUUGCAAGAAGUCAUUACUUGGACGACCCUUCCUACCAAAACAAGGACAGAUAUUUUGCUCCAGAUCCUGUAGUGUUGGGGAAGACCCCAAUGGCUCUGACUCUUCAGACUCUGCAUUUCAGAGCGCACGAUCAAGAGAAUCUCGGCGCAGUGCUAGAAUAGGUAGAAACAGCAAUAAGGUAGAAGAUAAAAAUGUAAGACCAAAUAUAUCACAAGCAUCAAUGAACAGAUAUUCUACAGAUAUUGAUCCUCUUUCUCAACAAAUGGAUAUGUUAAGUCUUGCUGGUCAAGCGACCAGUUUGAACAAAGAGACUCUUUGGAAAACCAGAGAUGUCUACCAGUUUGAAGACGAUUCUACUGAGAGGGCUAAAUUUGCAGAAAGACCUUCUCAAUCUCUAAAUCAGUAUAGCGUCAGGAAUGAAUUUAAUCCAACACAUUGCGUAAGCAAUCAGAGUGAUAUAUGGGGGAAAGAAUUUAAUGCAAAGAGAAGUUCAACUGCUGCCUUGAAAGAUCAUAGUGAUAGUUUUAUCCAAGAAGAUAAAGAAGAUUAUUAUCCUUCAGCAGUCAGAACUCAAGAAAGCUUUAGUAGUACAUCAAGCCACAGUGUUACUGAAGCCCGAUCAAAUCCAACUGUACAAGGAUAUGACAUGGAAAGAGAAUUGGUUUCUCAUCAGUGUCGAACCAGACAUCCAAUCAGUGCACUUAGUUUUACCGAUCAACUUACCUUUCUUGAACAAACCCCAAGGGAAUCAAUAGAAUCUCUUGCACUUUCAAAUGCAACAGCAGCUUCUGUGGAAGGUGGCACCAGACGCCAAGAGCAUUUGUCCAGGUUUUCAAUGCCUGACUUGAGCAAAGACUCUGGCAUGAAUGGAUCAGAAAAACUUAGCAACAUGGGUACACUUAACUCUUCUGCUAGAUUUAGAAGCACAGAAUCCAUUAGAAGCCUAAACUCAGCCCAGCAAUACCAGGAUCUUCAGCCACCUUUAGAUAGGCUCAGGCACCCUUUGCAGUAUCGAGAAUUAUCAACUCAAAGAAGAAUGCCACCAGGGUUCGACUGUCCAGAUGGUGCCAUAAGUAACAGAAUGCAAACUAGCAUGAAUGCUAGAAUUGCACCCAUGAGUGAACGAACCCAAAGACGUAUGCAUAAUCAGGAGAAUAACUCUCGCCAUCAUCGCCACAGGCCAAGGAGAUCGAGACGAUCUCGUUCUGAUAAUGCUCUUCACCUAGCUUCAGACAAACGUUAUCAAAUGAGAGACAGGUCUCAAAUGUUUUCAGGUGAAGACUAUGAACAAUUACUGAUGCGAAGAAGAAGCAGGGAUGCAUUUGGAAAUGGUCAGUUGAGAGAUCCAUACAGUCGGUAUCCUAGAACUGCCUCUGACCUGACAUUGCAGAACCAAGUAGGUGAUAAAUUGCUCAGACCUUAUUUUAAUGACCAUGAUGAUUGGUGUUCUACCUGUUCCUCAUCUUCAGAGUCUGAGGAAGAAGGGUACUUCCUAGGGCAACCUAUUCCACGCCCUGUUCAGCUUCGCCCCAUUACUAACGAUGAAUUUAUGUAUGGUUAUAGUUCACCUGUUCCUAUAUCAUCCAACCUGAGUGGCAGGUACCAAUCACAUUAUAGGAAGAGACAAAAAAGCAAGAACUGCAUUAUCUCAUAACUUUUUGCACAAUUUAUUUCCAGCAAGAAUGUAAACUAUUAGAAGUUGCACUCAAAUGAAUUAUUAAGAAAUUAACAUUGGCAAAGGCAAUAUAACUUAAUCAGUAUUUAAAAGCUGUUACAAUAUUCCUGAGUUAAAUGAAGGAUUCUUUGCUUGCUUUUUUGGUUUAAAUCAAUUUAUUUGUUAUAUAAUAUCAUCUAAUAUACAUUCUACAGUUAUAGUCAUCAAAUGAAUUGUAUACAUUUUACUAAAACUCCACUUACAUAGCUGUGAGCAUGUUUACAACUUAAGAUAUUGUCUAUGUUCUUAUAUUGUGUACUGUAAUUCCCCUUCCACUGCCACAGAAAGUUAUAUCAAGCUUAACAAUCAAUAUGUUAUACCAAACAAGUUACAGAACAGCUUAACCUGUUGUUUUUAAAUGCUAAUGUGUUGCAAUUAAACUUGAAAAUUCACUAAGUUAAUUAUAUUUACUGUACAUAUCAUGAAAAUGGAGGAUUUCUAACAAAGUAUUUUUAUAUUUUGUAUUGUAUAAAGUGUUUUGAAGUAGUAGUCCAUGCAUGUUUACUUUAUUUGUGGUGUUUUCAA